AUGUCGCUCAAAGAAGCUCGUCUACAGCCGCGCAUGGCGAAGAAGCCUCCCUUCUCCGUCGAGGUUCCCGGCGUCGAAGCAAAGCCCGGCGAGACGAUCCCCCGUCGACUACCCGCUGCCAAGGAUGGCCUGUUCACGCGCCUCCCCGAGGACGUCGCUACCACCUAUGAUAUCCUCCGUCGUUCGGCUCGCGUCUUCGGCAACGCCAAGGCCGUUGGCUCUCGCCGUUUGAUCAAGGUCCACACGGAGAACAAGAAGGUCAAGAAGGUGGUCGACGGUGUCGAGAAGGAGGUUGAGAAGCAAUGGAACUACUAUGAGAUGAGCGGUUAUGAGUAUAAGACGUUUAUCGAGUACGAGCGACUGGCGCUGCAGCUGGGCCAGGGUCUGCGCAAGAUUGGCUUGGCCAAGGGUAACCGCGUCCACCUUUUUGGCGCAACUAGUGAGAACUGGCUGGCUAUGUCACACGGAGCUGCGUGCCAGUCUAUCACGGUGGUCACCGCGUAUGAUACCUUGGGUGAGGAGGGUCUCAAACACUCCAUGGUACAGACGGAGAGUGAUGGCAUCUUCUGCGACCCCAACCUCAUUCCCUCGGUGGCAAACGUCCUCGCCGACGCGACGUCCAUCAAGCACGUCAUCUACAACAGCCACCUGGAGCACAAACAGGAGGAUCUCGACCGUCUGAAGUCGCAAUUCCCGCACCUGAACGUGAUGAGCUUCGACGAGCUGCGACAGCUUGGCGAAGAGAACCCGGUGGAUCCCGUCCCCCCGAGCCCCGAAGAUCUCUGCUGCAUCAUGUACACGUCGGGUUCGACCGGCCCUCCCAAGGGCGUUCCCCUGACGCAGGGCAACGUCAUUGCCUCCGCCGCCGGUGUUCAGGCCAUUGUCGGACCCUACAUCGGUCCCUCCGAUUCUCUGCUCACCUACCUUCCGCAAUCCCACAUCCUGGAAUUCAUGUUCGAGAAUGUCUGCCUCUUCUGGGGUGGUACCAUGGGUUACGGAAACCCCCGCACCCUGUCGGAUGCCUCGAUGCGGAACUGCAGCGGCGACAUCAAGGAGUUCAAGCCCACGAUCUUGGUCGGCGUGCCGGCGGUGUGGGAGUCCGUGAAGAAGGGUGUGCUCAGCAACUUGAACAAGGGUAGCUUCCUGGUCAAGGGCAUGUUCUGGGGCGCCAUGUCCGCCAAGAACUUCCUCAUGGCGACGGGCGUCCCCGGCUCGAAUCUCGGCGCGUGGGUGCUGGAUUCGGUGGUCUUCAAGAAGCUGCGGGAGGCGACUGGUGGCCGUUUGCGCAUCUUCAUGAACGGCGGCGGUCCGAUCUCCAAGGAUACCCAGCGAUUCCUGUCCAUGGGCAUCGCCCCCAUGAUCAGCGGGUACGGCCUGACGGAGACCACUGCCAUGGGUGCGCUGAACGACCCGAUGGCCUGGAACCCGGACGCUCUGGGUGAGAUUCCCGCUUCGAUCGAAAUCAAACUCGUCGACUUCCCCGAUGCGGGCUACUUUGCCAAGAACAACCCCCCGCAGGGUGAGAUCUUCAUCCGCGGCGGUGGUGUGUCGAGCGGCUACUGGAAGAACGAGGAAGAGACCAAGGCCGCGUACACCGAGGACGGCUGGUUCAAGACGGGUGACAUUGGUCAAUUCGACAAGUACGGCCACCUCUGCAUCAUCGACCGGAAGAAGAACCUGGUCAAGACGCUGAACGGCGAGUACAUCGCGCUGGAGAAGCUUGAGUCGGUCUACCGGUCUUCUCCGAUCGUUGGCAACAUCUGCGUCUUCGCGGCCCAGGACCAGGAUCGGCCGGUUGCCAUCAUCGUGCCCGUCGAGGCCGCCCUGAAGAAGCUCGCCAGCGAGAAGAACAUCCCUGGCGAGACCUUGGAGACACUGGUUCACAACGAGAAGCUAAAGUCGUACGUCCUCCAGGAGCUUCAGAAUGCCGGCCGUGCGGGCGGUCUCCGGGGGAUUGAGAUCGUUAGCGGUGUUGUCAUGUCCGACGAGGAGUGGACGCCACAGACUGGUUACAUGACCGCAGCCCAGAAACUCCAGCGCAAGAAGAUCGUCAGCCAUUUCCAGAAGGAUAUCGACCGCGCAUAUGGCAAGAAAUAA